AUGAACAGGGCCUCAGCAAGGAGCAAUCCCAUCCAGGCCCAGAGCUGUGCUCGCGGGCCGCGAGCAGAGGAAAACCACCCGCAGCUAGAGCUCACGCCUGGAAGUAAUGGAGAGCAGGAGAGGCCGACCUCGGCGCGGGAGCAGGAGAGGUCGAUCUGUGAUGUAGGGAGGGAGACGAUGGUAAGGUGGGAGUGGCUGGAGGGCUCUGGCUGGUUCUUCGUGCGGGGAAAGUGGCAUCCUGUUGUCCGAUGCAAACGACGGGUGGACAAGAAUGGAGAUGGUGAGGUUGAGGAUAAGAAACGUGCCUGCCGUCUCGUGAGUCGUGAUUCUCUGGCUUUUCUGAACACCGUUUGGCUUUUCCCGUGA